CCCGCAUCAACCUGCGCCUCAUCCUGAUCCGCUAUUGGCCUUUUAUUCUAGUGACACGGCUGAUAUUCCUGAAUCCGAUUUAAUCCCAUCUGUAUCCUUCGGUAAGGACAGAGUUAAUUUUUUCGUUUUCUAAUCGUAAACGUCGAUUUGCUUUGGAUUCAGACUGCGGUUUAUUGGCAGACCGUCGAUUGCGCUUUAAUUCAAUCCGCAGACAUCGCGCACGGGAGGUGGGGUCACCGAAAACAGAGCAUUUCCUUUCGGUCGUUUAAGUGCAUUUCUUUUGGAAGUAUACAAACAUGAGCGACUCAGAGAAACAAACAGUCUCUCUUAAAGAAAAAGAUGGGAUUGAGAAAAGAGGGCGAGGAAGACCAAGAAAGCAUCCCAAGGAGUCAAGUGGAUCACCAACUCCAAAGAGGUCCAGAGGGCGACCAAAGGGGAGCAAAAACAAGGGGCCUCCCAAAAAAGUGCAGAAAGCAUCCGAUUCUGCUGGGGACAAACGGAAAGGGAGGCCUAAAAAAGAGGAAAAAGAAAAAGAGUCUCCUCAGGAUUCGUCUGAAGAUGUGGAAGAAGACGAUGAGGAGGAGCAGUAACUAUCCAACCAGAGCCCUACCUCAUACUCAACAAACUCAACUAACUACCCGUCUUCUAUCCAGCCCGUGAAUAACAUGGAUUGUCAUUCACGUCUUUCUGCAACACAAAAGGACAGUAAUGUUUGUGAAAGAAAUUUCUGGGACAAAUCGAGUUUUCUGUAGUUUGGUCAAAUGUAGAAAUCAAAAUCACGCUGUCGAGUGUUAGUUUUCUUAUUACUAUAGAUAUCUAGUUUUUGAUUUCACUAUAUGUAUAUAUCUUUAUCUAUUGAACUGAGGUGCUUUUCUACUCAUGCUUUGUUUGUAGUUUAGUUUUGUAUCUCGCUUUGUGUGUCCGUGACUAGAUUUAGGCUAUGCUUACACAAGAACGAUGUAGUAUAAAACUGUCAAAAAGAUAGACAACUAGACAACUAAAUUUGUUGCAUUACGUGUGCAAAGCCAGUAGAUGGCGAUGUUACCUUGUAAAGAAACAUCUCACAUGCGCACAUACAUAUUCUGCUAGAGCGAUGAAUACAAACAAUUAAGAUUGCGUCAAAGCAUCAAGCAGAAUUAUUAGAUGGACGAUGAGGUCGGUUUAUUACAACAAGUGACCCUGGACUAUAAAGCGUCAACAUUUUGUAAGGUCUGUUUGAGAAGCGUUGAUAAAAUCAGCACAAACAGUCCUGUAGCCAACUUUGUUUUGGUAUUACUGGCGUAAACUGAAUUAACAGCGUUUAAGUAUUUUGUUAAGGUGUCAUUAACAAAAACCAAGACUCGUUGUCAUUAAAUCGAACACCCAAUGUGCAUAAAAGCUUUUUCAUUUACUGUUGUAAUCGUUGUUGUGUAAACAGCCCCUUUGUGAUAAUUUAAUAAUAAAUAAUUGUAGGCGUCUUUUACAGUAGUAUGCAAUCUUUUUGAAUGUAGCUAGUUACUGAGUACAGUUUGCAUUGUUAUUUGUAAGACUUUUCAUAUUACUGUAAACCAGUGAAUAUUUGUUUAAAGGCAGGGUCUUAUAUCUUGUAACCAAAUAUAAGUUGUCCUGGCCAUGUGUUAAGGUAAUAAAUAGGUUUAGCUUCGAAGUAGCUCGUAAUGUGUAAUUGUCUCUAAAAUCCCCAGCAAUCAGCGUCCAGGACAAUGCUAUAGGUUCAAAUUUGGUUACAAACAUGAUUCGUGCAAAUUGCAUAUGCAUCUAAAUUACAGAUUUAUUUGCUGUUGAAUUGUGCUAAAUGAGACAUUCCAUAUCAAAACAAUAAUUGUUUAGAAACCAUAUACCAUUAUUAUUUUAAUGUAUCAAUGUUUGAUGGAGAAUUUAGCUAUUUUAUUACAGACUUUUCAGGUUUUUAAUGGUUCUGUUUUAAAGGAUAAAAACUUAAUCAAUAGGACAGAAAAUUCAACAUCGUCUUAAAUGGUGUCACACUUUGCUUACAGUGUCACUCUUCACCCGACUGUUUACAUAACAACAUGUACUGUAUCGACUCAUGGUUAUUCACACCCAAGUGCUUUUUCACAAAUCACAACAGUUAAAAUAAUCAUAAUGUUUAAAAUUCCCAAAUUGUGUUUUCAGAGUCUUUUAUACAAAUGUGGAGCAGGAGUGCAACCUAAAUUUGAGCUAAUGAUCCUCAUAACUUUGCAAUUGUGAAAUUUUCGCCUCAGGUAUUACGGUGUGUAGAACAGACAGCAAAUGCCCCAGUAAAAGAUGAUUGCUUCAAACACCCUUUACUCUGCUGUGAUUGUUUGUGUAGGAGUAGAUUAAGAUACAUUUAAGCAUACAGUAACUGGCAUAUUGUUAACACAACAUUAGAGGUCUACAAUGUGUAUUAGAUUUAUUAACUAUUUAUUUAGUAUGUGUAAUGUGUGCUAAUAUUAAUAAAAAUACUUUUUCAAAUUAAA